UUCCUGGCAGCUUGGGCAGGCGUUGGUCUCCGAGCUCAGGCUCCACAGCAGCGGCAGCGGUCGAUCCAACGAGGGGUCUGCGCGUAAUUCCGCGCGCUCCCUACGGAUUUUUCCCGACCCGGCUCUUCCCUCUUGACCUCCCCGCCCCCCGUCCUCAGCCUUUCCCGCCGCUGGGCGCGGAGCCCGGGGGGCCAGCGGUCGCCCGUGACCCCGCCCGAAACCCCUCCGGAGCCGCCUGGGGACAAUUCCCUUCUUUCUGCAGUCUAACCCGGGUAGCCCUCCCGGAGCCCAGCCAACCCCGAGGAGCGCAGCUGGGAGGGGCGUCCGAGGGGAGUCUUGGGGCUUGGAGUGGCCCGGCCCCCAGUGGGCUGUGGUCGAGGGGGCGCGGGAGCGGCGAGGCCCCCCUCGCCGGGCUGCGUGGGCCGCCCGGGGCCCCCGCCGCCCGCGCGGGGUCUCCUCCAUGGUGCAGCGGGGUUCGGGAUGUCGAAGACACUGAAGAAAAAGAAGCACUGGCUCAGCAAGGUGCAGGAGUGCACCGUGUCCUGGGCCGGGCCCCCGGGCGACUUGGGCGUGGAGAUCCGGGGCGGCGCGGAGCGCGGCGAGUUCCCCUACCUGGGGCGGCUUCGCGAGGAGCCCGGCGGGGGCACCUGCUGCGUCGUCUCGGGCAAAGCGCCCAGCCCCGGAGAUGUGCUGCUAGAGGUGAACGGGACGCCUGUCAGCGGGCUCACCAACCGGGACACCCUGGCUGUCAUCCGCCACUUCCGCGAGCCCAUCCGCCUCAAGACCGUGAAGCCUGGCAAAGUCAUUAAUAAAGAUUUGCGACAUUACCUGAGCCUCCAGUUUCAGAAAGGAUCAAUUGACCACAAACUGCAACAAGUGAUCAGAGAUAAUCUCUACUUGAGAACCAUUCCAUGCACCACAAGGGCCCCCAGGGAUGGGGAAGUACCAGGGGUGGACUAUAAUUUCAUUUCUGUUGAACAGUUCAAAGCACUGGAAGAGAGUGGAGCAUUAUUAGAAAGUGGAACAUAUGAUGGAAACUUCUAUGGCACGCCCAAGCCUCCAGCGGAGCCCAGCCCUUUCCAGCCCGACCCUGUCGACCAGGUCCUCUUUGAUAAUGAGUUUGACACUGAAUCCCAAAGAAAACGAACUACGUCCGUCAGCAAGAUGGAAAGGAUGGACAGCUCUCUUCCUGAAGAGGAGGAAGAUGAGGACAAGGACGCUGUUAACGGCACCAGCAAUGCAGAAAACAGGGAGAGGCACUCGGAGUCGUCCGACUGGAUGAAGACCGUCCCGAGUUACAACCAAACCAACAGCUCCAUGGACUUCAGGAAUUACAUGCUGCGAGAUGAGAACCUAGAGCCGCUGCCCAAGAACUGGGAGAUGGCCUACACGGAUGCGGGGAUGAUCUACUUCAUCGACCACAACACCAAAACAACCACCUGGUUGGAUCCUCGUCUUUGUAAGAAAGCCAAAGCCCCCGAAGACUGUGAAGAUGGAGAACUUCCUUAUGGCUGGGAGAAAAUAGAGGACCCUCAGUAUGGGACAUACUACGUUGACCACCUUAACCAGAAAACCCAGUUUGAAAAUCCAGUGGAGGAAGCCAAAAGGAGAAAGCAGUCAGGACAGGCUGAUACGGGGUCUGCAAAACCAGAUAUGGAAAAAUCCCACUUUACUCGAGAUCCGUCCCAACUUAAAGGUGUCCUCGUUCGAGCAGCAUUGAAAAAAAGCGCAAUGGGAUUUGGUUUCACCAUUAUCGGUGGAGACAGGCCUGAUGAGUUCCUGCAGGUGAAAAAUGUGCUGAAAGAUGGUCCUGCCGCUCAGGAUGGGAAAAUUGCACCGGGUGAUGUCAUUGUAGACAUCAAUGGCAACUGUGUCCUUGGUCACACCCACGCAGAUGUUGUCCAGAUGUUUCAGUUGGUGCCUGUCAAUCAGUACGUUAACCUCACUUUAUGCCGUGGUUAUCCACUCCCGGAUGACAACGAAGACCCCGUCGUGGACAUGGUGGCUGCCACCCCUGUCAUCAAUGGACAGUCAUUAACCAAGGGAGAGACUUGCGGGAACACACAGGACUUCAAGUCAGGAGCAGUGGUCCUGGACCAGAAUGGGAAAUCAGGACACAUCUUGGUCAGUGACCGUCUCAAUGGGCCGUCAGAUUUGAGCGAGCAGAGAGCGUCCAUGGCGUCGUCGGGCAGCUCCCAGCCUGAACUCGUGACGGUCCCUCUGAUCAAGGGCCCUAAAGGCUUUGGGUUUGCCAUUGCUGACAGCCCCACUGGACAGAAGGUGAAAAUGAUACUGGACAGCCAGUGGUGUCCGGGCCUGCGGAAAGGGGAUAUAAUUAAGGAAAUUUACCAUCAGAAUGUGCAGAAUUUAACCCACCUCCAAGUGGUGGAGGUGCUAAAGCAGUUCCCAGUAGGAGCAGACGUGCCCUUGCUUAUCUUACGAGGAGGUCCUCCUUCACCAACGAAAACUACAAAAAUGAAAACAGAUAAAAAGGAAAAUUCAGGAAGUUUGGAGGCCAUAAAUGAGCCCAUCCCCCAGCCGAUGCCUUUUCCGCCCAGCAUUAUCAGGUCAGGAUCCCCGAAGCUGGACCCUUCUGAGGUCUACCUGAAAUCUAAGACUUUGUAUGAAGAUAAACCGCCAAACACCAAAGAUCUGGACGUUUUUCUUCGGAAGCAGGAGUCGGGGUUUGGCUUCAGGGUCCUGGGCGGAGACGGACCUGACCAGUCUAUCUACAUCGGGGCCAUCAUCCCCCUGGGCGCAGCUGAGAAGGAUGGCCGGCUCCGAGCAGCCGAUGAGCUGAUGUGCAUCGAUGGGAUUCCUGUUAAAGGGAAGUCACACAAGCAAGUCCUGGACCUGAUGACGACCGCUGCCCGCAACGGCCACGUGUUACUCACCGUCCGAAGGAAGAUCUUCUGUGGCGAGAAACAACCUGAAGAUGACAGCUCUCAAGCCUUUAUUUCAACACAGAACGGGUCUCCCCGCCUGAACCGAGCCGAAGCUGCAGCAAGGCCUGCGCCCCAGGAGGCCUAUGAUGUCAUCUUGCAACGGAAGGAAAAUGAAGGAUUUGGCUUUGUCAUCCUCACCUCCAAAAGCAAGCCACCUCCAGGAGUCAUUCCUCAUAAAAUCGGCCGAGUCAUAGACGGAAGCCCCGCUGACCGCUGUGGGAAGCUCAAGGUCGGAGACCUCAUCUCCGCCGUGAACGGCCAGUCCAUCGUCGACCUGUCCCACGACAACAUCGUGCAGCUGAUCAAGGAUGCCGGUGUCACCGUCACCCUGACGGUCAUUGCUGAGGACGAGCAUCAUGGCCCACCGUCAGGAACAAACUCGGCCAGGCAGAGCCCAGCCCUGCAGCACAGGCCCAUGGGACAGUCACAGGCCGCCCACGCACCUGCGGACAGAAGCGCCCUAGAAGGCGAGGUCGUCAAAGACGCCCCCACGACCUACAGGCACUCCUGGUCCGACCACAAGCACCUCGCGCAACCGGACACGGCGGUGAUUUCCGUGGUUGGCGGCCGGCACAGCCAGAGCCCAGGCUGUUACCCCGUGGAGCUGGAGCGAGGCCCCCGGGGCUUCGGGUUCAGCCUCCGGGGGGGCAAGGAGUACAACAUGGGGCUGUUCAUCCUGCGCCUGGCCGAGGACGGGCCCGCCCUGCAGGACGGCAGGAUCCACGUGGGUGACCAGAUUGUUGAAAUCAACGGAGAACCUACCCAAGGCAUCACGCACACCCGCGCAAUUGAGCUCAUUCAGGCCGGUGGAAAUAAAGUUCUUCUUCUCUUGAGGCCAGGAACUGGCUUGAUACCUGAUCACGGUAAUUGGGAUAUUACUCAACCUUCAUCUUCAAACGUGAUUUAUGACGAACAGUCACCGUUUCCCCCACCGUCUCACUCUGCUCCCGUGUGUGACGAGCCCCACGUGCCAGUGACCGAGGAGCCCGCAAUGAGCGCUCAGCUCUGUGAAAGGGCAGAACAGUUCAAGGACAUGGGGCCUGAAAAGAAAGGUACUUUAAAUCAGUGUGAUGUAAAGCACCAGCCUCUUCUCCAGAAAAAUGAGAGCAAGAGGGAUCCGCCCAACAGUCAUGGGCACAGCGACAAGAAACAUCUCUUAAAAGUAGAAAACGGCAUUAGACAAAGAGGUAGGUCUGCUAGUCCCAAAAAGUCAGCCAGUCGCUAUACAGAAGAACAUUUAGAAAAGAUUCCCAGUCCCCUCAAAAAUGACCCCAAAAGAAGACCCAGAGAGCGCUCACCCAGCCCCAGGAAAGGGGGGAGUAAGGGCUGUCUGAGCAGCACAGGGGCCGGUCCUGGCCAGGACCACGCCAGGAAAGGCAGGGGGCGCUCUUCCAGCCCGAAGCAGCAGCAACGAACAGAAGGAAGUAAAGACCGACCAAACGCUGAAGGCAGAGCGUUCGAGUUGGACAGUCGCCGAGCGGGGCCCCGUGCUCGUGACACUGCGGAGCAGGCCGGGGACGGAAAAGACAGAUCGGGUGUUAGCAGGAAAGAUACAAAGCAGAGUCCCUCCGGAAGGAACAGAGCAAGGUCCCCGGAGGAGAAAAGCAAGCGAAUGGAUGAGAAGGCUCAGGCCAGUCACCUGACAAAUAGAGUGGUAUCCGAAAAUGAAACAGGAAAGAGAGCCCCCUUAGGAGACACAAGUAAAGAGAGAACGGCUCUGAACAAACUAGAAGACGACAAAGGAAAAGAACGAGAGGCAGCUGACAAAACCAGAGAGAGUGGCGGCGUCCGGCCUGAGCGUGGCUCUCCGGCUAGGAAAACGCCCAUAACGCCCGGGCCCUGGAAGGUGCCGAGUGCGGGUAAAGCCACAGGCAUGACUGGGGUGGCCGAGAAACGGCUGUGACCUUUAGCAUGAAACAAGGAAAAACAAGUUGUAAUCUUCCCUUACUAAAAAGUGGCGUUUCCCCCGCAAAAAGCCAUCCCCCCC